AUCAAAGGUGUUACCAAAACACAGCAUGAUAUUAAAAAUAAUAAUAAGAUACUUGCAAACAUAGUUGACUUUGUUUAUGGUGUCAGGUGAUGGAAAUUAAAUCUUGUUAGAGAAGCUUUGAAACCUCUCUUCUACAUUAUUAAUUUCUUAAUACGAGUAAUAUUUUAUGCAAGUCUUGUUACAGAAGCUUUUUCUUGUCUAUAAUUUAGUAGUGUAUAUAUUGUCUAGCUACUGGACUCUGAUUUCACAAAACUAAUUCUCUAAUUCACAUUUUCUUCUCUGUUUGUAGUGGAGCCUAUAUAUUUUAGCCUAAAAACUGCCUUAAGCAACAUCAGUAGUAUCACACCUAAGCAUUAAAACCCAUGGCUACAAAUCUGCCUUCGGCCACAUCCGUAGUAUCAGCCUAUACAGCUUUUGCAGCAUCAGUGAUGGUGGUGAAAACUGUGUUAAAUGAAUUCCAAAGCAUCACAUACCAAAUAAUCCCUCAAAACCUCCAAGAAAAGUUUGUUACGAAACUUGGGAAACUAUUCCAAGUUCUUUCAACAGAAAAAGAAAUCCUGACACUCAGCAUUGAUGAGCAAUGUGACGGGCUCACGCAGAACCAAGUAUAUGAAGCAGCCCAGGCCUACUUGAGCACUAAAAUCAACCACUCGAAUAAGCGGCUAAAGUUGAGCAAAGCAGUGAGAGAUAAAGACUUCUCGGUCAGCAUUGACAAGGGGGAGGAAAUCCUUGAUUCCUUUGAGGGGAUCACAUUGAGGUGGGUGAUGCUGAUCAGAAGCGAGGAAUCACAAAUGAAAGUGCAUAGAUCCAUGGAGUUGAAUUUUCACAAACAACACAAGGAGAAGGUUCUAGGGAGAUACAUUCCUUUUGUGUUAAAAACUGCAAAAAGAAUCCAUGAAGAAAACAGAGUAGUUAAGCUCUACCAGCUCGGGGAAUUCCAUGAUUCUGAGUCAUCAAUCAACCUUCAACAUCCAUCAACAUUUGACACUUUAGCCAUGGAGCCCGAGGUUAAAAGGGCACUCAUUGCGGAUUUGGAUAGGUUUGCGAGGAGGAGGGAUUUUUAUCGCCGUGUGGGUAAAGUCUGGAAGAGGGGUUACUUGCUGCAUGGACCUCCAGGGACCGGGAAAUCUAGCUUGGUUGCUGCCAUGGCAAACUAUCUAAAGUUCCACAUAUAUGACUUUGACCUCUCCAAGAUGAGGUACAACUUGGAUUUUAGGCAAUUGUUGGUCUCCACUUCCAAUCGGUCCAUAAUAGUGAUCGAGGACAUAGAUUGCAGCACCAAUAAGUUGCAGAACAGGCAACAUCAGGCAUAUAGUGGUAUUAAUGAAGACUGCACUGCAGAUAUAAACUACAAUAAUGAAGGCUCAGAAGAUGACCAUUCAUUACCUCUGGCAGGGCUGUUGAACUUCAUUGAUGGGCUGUGGUCAAGUUGUGGGGAUGAGAGGAUCAUUGUGUUCACAACCAACUACAAGGAGAGGCUUGAUCCAGCUUUGAUAAGACCAGGCCGAAUGGACAUGCACAUUCAUUUGUCUUAUUUAACUUUUGGUGGGUUUACAGUUUUAGCCUCUAACUAUCUCAACAUCAGUAGCCACCCUUUGUUCACUCAGAUUGAAGAGUUGAUCAAAGAGGUACAAGUUACCCCUGCAGCAGCAGCAGAGGAACUGAUGAAAAGCGAUGACAUUGAUGAAGCACUUGAAGGGUUUGUGCAGCUCCUCCUUAAGAAGAAAGAAGAUGACCAGGCUCAGGGAAAUCUAUAAACU